AUGGAGGACGUUACAGAACUAAAGUUCAACACUCAAGUAAAAAGUCAAUUUGCAUGUCGAUCAGCUGAUAAUCAGACUGUAGCUACCAAACCUUCAGGAAAUAUGAUAUGUGGUUCGGCUAAAAGACUGUAUAAAUAUGAGGGAGUUUUUGCAAACACAUCAUUACUGACUAAAAAAGAGAGUUCUAUAGAAUUUUCUAUUACAUUUCAACAAACGUUUUUGCAGUCGCCAAACUAUGUUAAAUUUCCGAUUUUUGAAUUGGGAUUUACAAAUGACAGCAUCAGCACACUAUUUUUGCAUCCUAUAUUAUUUUCUGUAAGUGCUUUCCCUUGCCAAAAAAAGUUUAGUGUAUGUCUUUUAACAGGCAGUGGAGUUUUGAUUGAGAGUAAAACCAUAUUUAAAAGUGAAACUAAUUCACGAUAUGCAGAAGGUCGAUUUAUACUGAAAUAUCGACCUUCUGAACAUACUCUUUUCCUUCUAGCUAAAUCUCCAAAAGUCAAGAGUACGAUCGAGUUACAUAGAGUUCAGAGCAUGAACUUAAGAAGCCCGUUGUGGCCAGUUUUUGCUGCGUAUGAUUUUAAUGAAAUCGCGGUUUCAAUGAAUAUCAAAACAAAUGAGGUUGGAUUUGAUCGUUAUACAUUGCACCAAAAUUUAUACAUUUCUCACGACAACAAAACGAUGUCUAAUAAAAAUCUAAGUGGCACAUAUCAAAUCACCAAUUUUACAACUCCCAUAAUUUGGAUGCGUCCUAGGCAAAUUGGAAUCUCAAAUGAUUUUCAUACAAUGAUUGAUAUUGAUUUUGACGAUUCAAAUGGGGGUCAUGUAUUUUUUAAGAUCGGCAUUCGUGGGGGAAAAGACACAAUUUUUAAUGCCACUUUACUUUUAGAAUGUAUGCUAUGUGAGGUGGGUUAUUUUUUGGGUUUAUAUCGAACAAUUGGAUACUGUCUGUCGGUUGCUAACGGUACCAAGUAUAUUGCUGUAAGUCACAAUAUGAAACUUUUUUUACAUUACAACCAAGAUGGUAUUAUUGAACUGUAUGUACCUAAUUAUGUGUGGGGGUACAGCUAUUGCUUAAUUCAAUUUGAGCCGUUUCGAAAAACGAUUCCUGAAUUUUAUAUUGAAAAGGUAGACGCAAAGGAUAUUGCUAUAUCUUCUAGCAGAACUACAAAUAUAGAUAACCGAAAGAGAAUUAUGGUAUUGGGACGACCAUUUGAUUUUCUUGGGAGGAGGCAGGAGGAUUUUGAAAAUGACAAACUAGGUCUGAUAAAUGUUGCUGGACCUUGGGAAGGAAGACCAACAAUCAGAGAGGAACCUUGUCCACCCUGUAGAGUACCUAUACCUAUACAAUGUUUAGGAUUACACGAGGAAGAAGAAGAAGAAAAGAAGAGAUUACUCAAUGAAGAAGAAAUUAAACAGCAACAAGCAAAAGUUGAAGAAUGUGAGAAAAGAAUGGGGAAAGGAAGAAAAAGAAGAAAUGAGUAUGACGAAGAGGAGGAAGAGAAACUAAGUUUUAUACUGCAACACAAAAAACUUUUAAUAAUGUCACUUACUGUGGCCGUUUUAGCAAUAUUUGCUUAUAGUUUAUUGUUACAGUGA